AGGUUUUUUACCACCAUGAUGCAUAUCAUUUCGAGAUCAGGACUAAUUGUAAUCUUGGUGAUAGGAACAGCGGUUCCAAGCGAAUCAACUACUGAUCCGCUUACUAUACCCCAAUCAAAGUUGAACCUUCAAAGGCAACAAUCUGAAUCACAAUUUGAGGCACAAUCCCAAUCCCAAUCGCAAUCACAAUCGCAGUCGCAGUCGCAAUCUAAUGUCCAAAAUUGGAAUGCAGAAAUCAAGAGCCAGCAAAAUGAUCAAACACAGUCACAGUCCAAUGCUCAAUCUGAAUCACAACGACAGUCACAGUCACAGGCACAAGAUCAAUCCCAAUAUCAACGACAAGCUCUACUAAACAUUGGACAUCAAAAUGAUGAUGAAAAUAAAUAUCAACCAAAUCAGUCAGCAAACGAAUACAUAUAUAGGAUCAAACUUGAUGCCAAUCUAGAAGAAAAAUUAUGGAACUUAGCAUUAGCCCUAGUAAAAGCACAGAAUAGUGCAGUUUCGUGGAAAGAUUCACAAGCGGAUACACAAUUUAGGAUUCGGGAUCAGACUGAAGUUUAUAGGAGGUACAAAACUUUGGCAGAAGCAGAGGCUAAAACAGAAGCUAAGGCUCAAGCUGUAUGCAAAUAUUUGAGAGAAGGCCGGGCUCGAGCAGAAAUAAGGGCCCAACGUCAAAAAGCGUAUUUAGGACGUCUUCAGGCUGAAGUAAAAUUUUUCAAAGAAGCUGAGGAUAAGGCUAAAGCACAAGUCGUGGCUCACCAAUCGGCUCUGCAACUGAACCUGCCUGCAGCUUUUACACAGGAACAGGCUGUAAGCCGGAAGCAAUACUUGAGAGAGAUCCUUGCCCAAGCUAAAGUUCGCAGUCAAGCUCAAGCUCAGGCUCAAGCUCAGGCUCAAGCACAAGCUGAAUAUUUAAGAGAAGUCCAGGCUCAGAAUCAAGUACAGAGGCAAGUGGAAUCACAAACUCUUUCAAAAUACAAAAACCUUGACCCCAAUUCAGCUUCAAAAAAUAUUAAAAACUAUCAAGACUCUCAAGAUGAAGGAUUAGAAGAACAACCACGAUCUGAUAGUUCGUUUGAUACUGAAUAUUUUCGAACGAAGAAAAAGUUGGCCGGAUUAAGAGACAGGAGAGUGUCAGAUUGCAGUCGGUGCAGUAAUCCCCCAAAAUACUUUAUUUCUCAAGCUGACAUCGAAAUGGCUGCUAAGCUAACUACGGUUGAUUUAAUCCAUAAAAACGGAUAUCCUGUAGAGACCCAUGUUGUACAAACUAGUGAUGGCUACAUACUCGGCCUCCAUCGUAUUCCGCGGCCAGGGGCGCAGCCUAUUGUCCUCGUCCACGGUUUGAUGAGCAGCUCCGCAGUUUGGGUAGAAAUGGGUCCUUCGGAUGGUCUAGCCUACAUCCUGUAUCGGAAGGGUUACGACGUCUGGAUGCUGAAUACCCGAGGCAACAUCUAUUCUCGGGAGCACUCGAGAGGGCGAUUGAGCGAUAAAGAAUACUGGGACUUUUCUUUCCACGAGAUUGGCAUUUACGAUAUUCCUGCAGCCAUCGAUUACAUUCUGUUUGCAACGGAUAAGCCAAAAGUCCAGUACAUUGGCCACUCCCAAGGCUGCACUGCAUUCUUUGUGAUGGGCAGCGAAAAGCCUGAGUAUAUGAGUAAGGUAACACUUAUGCAGGCUCUGUCUCCAACAGUUUACAACGAGGGAAACCGCAGUCCUGUUUUAAAGCACCUUGGCUUAUUAAAAGGAGGCUUUUCGAUGCUAUUGAAUCUUUUCGGUGGCUAUUCGAUUUCUCGCACAACUCAGCUCAUCAAACAAUUCCACAAAUACAUCUGCACUGCAACGAGGAUAACCAGUAAAAUUUGUGCUAUCUUCGACUAUGUGGUAUGCGGCUUCAACUGGAAGAGCUUCAAUGAGACCCUAAGCCCCAUCGUAGAGGGCCACUCAUCGCAGGGUACCGCUGCCAAGCAGCUCGUCCACUACGGCCAGUUGCAAGGAACCAUCAACUUCCAGCGUUACGACUACGGUUUUCUGAUAAACCGCAUGCGCUACCAGAAUCGCUAUCCUCCACAGUAUAAUCUCUCGGCUGUGAACUGCAAGGUUGCACUGCAUCAUGGUGAUGGCGACUGGUUGGGAUCCGCAUCAGAUGUGCAGAGGCUGCAGCAGAGCCUGCCCAACGUCAUUCAGUCCAGAAAGGUGCCCUUUGAUGCCUUUGCCCAUUUUGACUUUACACUCGCAAUGAAUGUCCGACCUUUGGUCUAUGACAGUGUUGUAAACACUUGCUCGAAUCAAGGCUAUUAAUAAAUGUACCCACGAUUGGGCUUUUUUUCCAAUAGAAAAUAAGAUAAUAAGAUAAGACAAUAAUAAGACUAUACAUUCCUUACUACUUUCAGGUAUUCAAAAAUAAAUUGUAUUAAAGACUUA